CUUGUUGCUGGGAGACAAGCAUCCUUAGCUCUAUCCUGUCCCUUUUAACAGAGGAAGCUGGUUCCUUUGGUCAGCUGUUGCAAAAGCUUGCCCUAAUGCCAGUCAACAUGUAUCCUGCCCCUUGGUACAAGGAAAAAUUACCUUCCAGAUGCUUUCAAAAGCAGGCCAGUAACAAAGAGAGAUUCUCGGAUUCUCUCAACGGCCAGCGAUGGAGAUUUCUGAAAAAUGGCCUGGAUGAUUUCAGAAGUGGCUGUCCUCCACCUUCGGACAACGUAAUAAUUCAAGGCAACAAAGGGCCCGAUCCGAUCAUCCUACAGUAUAAGAAACUGGAUUCUUCCCAGAUUGUCCCUUACAAAUCCAGAGACUUGCUGAGGAAACGCUCAGCGGUUCACUCCAGACUCCCCACACCUCAGAAAACCAAGACGGACUCCGUGAGUCAGGCCAAGCUCACCCAGGAGCAGCACCCACUGGCACUUUAUCCACACCUGGAAGAGAGUGUGCCUCAAGAGCUUUUUGAUGAUGUGAUGAAGCUCCUGGACCCUGAGAUGCAGCUGACCCGAACAUCGCCAGAUUAUAAUAAAGACGAUGCGACCAUCCCUUCGCCUGCUCAGUAUCACGUGAAAUACGAUGUGCCCCCAACCAGAAGCUACAGUUCCACCCUUCCCUGGGUGCAGACAAAAAAGAACCCUUACACGUGGUUUAGUAAGAAAAAGGUGGCCGAGAGACAUCAGGCAGCCAAAAUAGAUUACGUUCCCCCUUUGGAUGAAAACGUCAAGCGGGUAACAAAGGAGUUUUGUGAAUGGGUCAAUGCAAUGGUAAGUACAAAUAACUGUAAAAGCCAGUUGAACGAGAACCACAAGCACAACUGAGCAGACAAUGUAAAUCCAGCAAGCCAACCCAC